AUGGCAACUCCGCAGUCCUGCUCCGCUACCGCCACACAGCGCGUUGCUCCGCCCUGCUGGAGCAAGGAGGAAAGCCUGGUGUUGAUUGAGGCUUACAAGGAAAAAUGGUUUGCUCUUCGAUGCCAGAACCUCAAGGCAUCCGACUGGGGAGCCGUGUCUGCCGCCGUAUCCUCCGCCUCUGGUCCUGAAACCAUGAAGUCGUCCGUUCAAUACCGUCAUAAGAUCGAAAAGCUGAGGCAGCGGUUCCGUGCGGAAAAGCAACGGAGCCUUAAAAACCCAGGCAAGUUCUCUUCUUCGUGGGACUUGUUUCCUCUCCUUGAUUGUAUGAAUUUCGUACCUUUGUCGGUCAACGGAUCUGCUGAUCAAGAUAAUCUUUACUAUAAUAAAGAUGGUGGGUUUUACUGGAAAUUGAAGAAUCAUGAAAAUAUUUAUGGGAAUUCUGGGUCUGAUCUAGGUUUUGAUCAUUGUUUAAGUGGUGGGUAUGGUUCAAUCUUUUAUUUUGAUAACAAAUUUGGAGGUGACUAUGGGGUGAAGUUGCAGGGUAUUGAUAGUGUUGGACUUGGGAAGGCUCCUCUCAAGACCUUAGGUGAUAAGAGUUGUAUGAACCUAGGGUUCAAGCCAAAGAAUCAUGGUAGCUCUAAUCUCAAUUAUGAUUACGAUAACGAUUUGCAAGAGUACGUAGACGAAGGAAUGGGGUUUCAAGCAAAAGUUUCGGAUGCUUGGGAUUCAGUCCCUCGAGGUUUUCAUCAGAAGAAAUGUGGUGUAGUUGAUAGGAGUUUUAAUCCUGGUGUUGAUGACUAUAGGGGUUUGAAUGGAUUUGCUUCUUGUUCAAGUCCAGAACUCGGAGUGAAGAAUGGUAAUGGUGGAGUCAAGAGGGGCAUGGAUCCAGUGGAGGAGAUGGUUUCCUCAAUUAAGUUGUUGGCUGAAGGGUUUGUGAGGAUGGAGAAGAUGAAGAUAGAGAUGGUGAAGGAUAUCGAGAAGACGAGAACGAAGAUGGAAAUGAAGCAUAAUGAGAUGACACUUGAGUCACGACAAAAGAUCAUGGAUGUGUUUGCCAAUGCAUUGUUGGAAUAG